AUGAACCAAACAGCACCAUCACCUCCAAAGGAGCCUCUUCUUCCUCCUCCUCCAUCUUUGUCUUCUUCAUCUUCUCUGCCAUCUUCAUUUUCUUCAGCCAGUGUACCUGGGCACACUACAGACAAUUCCUCCUCUCCUCAGGUGCCAGCUUACAACCUCCACUCCCUGCAGAUCUCCAGAGGUGAUGUCAGCCCCACUCCAAUCUACCUCAGACGUGCCAGGGCUCAAGGGAUUGCAAAGGAAAUUCCCCUCUAUCUGCCUCACAGCCGCAUGCUGGAGAGCACAGAACACUGCCUGGUGAACCCCGGUAGAGAAGGCCUCAGAAGCCCUGAGGAGAUUGAGGCUUCAGUGGGCUGCCAGGACUCACAGGCUCUUGGAAACACUGAAAGCAUACACAAAGACUCCCACCCCAUUGCAGGGAAGGACCAGUACUUGCUCGAUCAAAACCUAGCUCUUGGUGCUGCAGGGAAUCCAGGAGACUUGAGUGAGGAAUCCAGGACUGGACAGACAGGCAGACCAGAGCCGUCCAAAGAAAGGAAGUUGGGCUUGAAGAAAUUAGUCCUCACUGAGGAGCAGAAGACCAUGUUGCUAGACUGGAGUGACCACACCCAGGAGCACAAGGCUAAGGAGUGGCUCUCUCGGGAAAGUGCUGAGCAUAGCGGUAGCCUGAAGCCAAUCUGCUCUUCUACCCUCUCUCAGGCUGUGGAAGAGAAGCUGCGAUCUCAGAAAAGGGCCCUGGGGGAGAUGCGAACCCCAGCUGUCAAGGUACCUCGGGAGCGAGAGGUGCCUCCACCCAAGUCCCCCCUGAGGCUCAUAGCAAAUGCCAUCUUUAGGUCACUGCUCCCCAAUUCUGAAGCUGGAAAGAAGACCAGCCCCAAACCAGAGUCCAAAACUUUGCCUAGGGGCCAGCCACAUGGUUUCACUCGUUCCUUUAGCCUCCGGAAACUGGGUUCCAGUAAAGAUGGGGACCAGCAGUCUCCAGGGAGACACAUGGCCAAGAAGGCUUCAGCCUUCUUCUCUCUGGCUUCUCCAACAUCUAAGGCUGCCCAGGCUUCGGACCUCAGCACCCCCAACCCCAUCUUCCGCAGCCGGAGUUUGCCCAGUCGCCCAUCCAAGAUGUUCUUUGCAACCACGUCUCUACUGCCCCACAGCAAAAUUGAAGAUGUCCCCACCCUCCUGGAGAAAGUGAGCUUGCAGGAUGCCACUCACAGUCCAAAGAAAGGAGCCUCACACAUUUCCUCCCUUGGCCUCAAAGAUAAAUCCUUUGAGACUUUUCUCCAGGAAUGCAAACAAAGAAAGGACAUUGGGGACUUCUUUAAUAGCUCCAAAGAGAAGGGGCCACCGGGGAAGAGAGUCCCAUCCUUGGAGAAGCUGGUACAGCCUGCUGGCAGCACCUCCAGGGGGCAGGUGGCACAUCCUUCUUCCACAGGGCAAGAUGCACGCCUCGGAGCUCCAGUGACAGAGGCCACCUCUUCUCCCACCUCGUCCUCUGCAGAGGAAGACACUGACUCCCAGCUUUCCUCAAGGAUAAAGGAGAAAAUACCCAGAACAAGGAGGAAGCUGGAGAAGCAGUUAGUUAAGCAAGAAGAAUUGAAAAGACUCCAUAAGGCUCAGGCCAUCCAGAGACAGCUGGAGGAGGUGGAAGAGCAGCAGAGGAUGUCGGAGAUCCAGGGCGUGAAGCUGGAGAAGGUGCUGAGAGGCGAAGCAGAUUCAGGGACACAGGACGAAGCCCAGCUUUUGCAGGAAUGGUUUAAGCUGGUUCUGGAGAAGAAUAAAUUAAUGCGAUAUGAGUCGGAGCUACUGAUCAUGGCCCAAGAACUAGAACUAGAAGAUCAUCAGAGCAGACUGGAGCAGACACUACGACAGAAAAUGCUCAAGGAUGAGGGCCAGAAAGAUGAGAAUGAUCUAAAGGAGGAGCAAGAAAUAUUCAAGGAGAUGAUGCAGGUGAUUGAGCAAAGAAACAAGCUUGUGGAUUCCCUAGAGGAACAGCGCAUCAAAGAAAGAACCCAAGACCAACACUUUGAAAACUUUGUUCUCUCCAGAGGCUGUCAGCUCAGCAGGACUUAAGGGUACCCUUCCCUGCUGAAGCCAGAGAGCCAAGAACAUCCUACUUUCCCACCCAGACACUGA